AUGACCACAAAACCCUCCAACAAGCGCGCAACCCCCGAUUUCCAACAAGAUGAACUAGACACUUCAAUAACCGCCAUGCGCGCAGAAAUCCAGACCCUCCAAAAACGCAAACGCCUCCUGACAUCCAGCCUCCUAACAACAAACAAAAUCCAAUCCCUCCUCAAAACCCCCAAAACCGAAACAACAACCACCCUUGAAGCCCUCUCUCCACUAGUCCAAGCCGCAGGCAAACACAACACCUCCAACCACCACCGCAUAGCCUUCGGCGCAACAACCUUCCCCUUCAAAGACCCCUCACCAAACACAACCCCUCAAACCAGCAACCUCCUCGGCAUCCGCCUCGACGUCUGCGCGCGUAAUGGCCGGUUCGCGAAACCCUACUACGUCCUUCUCCGCCCAGAGCGCAGCCACGUCGCCGGCAAAGAGAAGGCCCGAAGACUAAGGGUCCACCGGCACACAAUCCCGUCAUUCAUCUCCAUCGCGAAGCUAGAGGGUGUUUAUCUACCGCGCGCGCGGGUUCCUCGGGAUCAGGCCGAAGACGGGGAGGGGGAGGAUACGUCCUCGACCGAGGACGCGCCGAAAACAAGUAAGGGGAAGUCCGUCGCGCGCCGACAGGAUCUGGUGGGCUUCGUGCGGGAGUUGCGACGGGAGUUGGUUGCGUGGCAUAUGCGCGUUGAUGCGAUCGAUUUGCUGCGCGAAUGGGUGGGGCUGGUUGAUUCGGAGGGGCGGGUUGUCGCCCCGGCGCAUGUGUUGCCUGAUCCGAGUACGGGAAUCGUGGGGUUAUCGGGGGUGUCGAUUGAGGCGCGGUAUGUGCGUGUUGAGUGGGAGGAUGGGCGGGUUGGACGGUUUAAGCUGUCGAAUUGUGGGGUUGUGGAGAGGGCGGUUGUUAUUGGGGAUUCUGGGAGGGAUAAGGUCACCGAGGAUAUGAUUACAGGCGGUGGGGGGAGAGUUGAGGGGGUUCUUGAGAGGCUGAGGGUUCGGUCUGGGGCUGGGUCGCCUUCUUGA